AUGCUGUUGUUGGAAGUCACGGGAAUAGUAGCGAGCAUGUUGCGGGACCAGUUCGGGAACUUGGGUAAGCAGGAGCUAAUCCGGACGCUGAAAGUGAAGCUAUUCGAAGCCUUAGUGUCGCAAGAUUUUUACUUCUUUAUGAAAGGGAUAGGCAAGAUUGAGUGCGUGCUAGUAGUCUUUGCUGUCUCUUCAGCACAGCAGCCACCUUGUCCAUUAUCUACAUUUGCUGGGCCUUGUCCUCGUCCUUCCUGAUCAUACUUGUGUGAGUGGUCCUCCAUUUUUAUCCUGGCUUCCCGUUCAUGGUAUUUGAAAAGUCGGAUUUGUGGGACCAGCGGCAAGUGAUUGGGAACUGUGGACAUGUCGUGAAAACCCUUCUGGACUACCCGGUUCAGUGUGUGGAAGCCUUUGGUCGUGCUGCUGCAAGCUUCCUGAUUCUUUGGCGCAAGAAUCGUCGUCUCUCUCUGUUCGUGUUUCUGCUGAUGCCUUUGAAGAUAGCGGUGAGCAAUAGACUGCGCAGUUGGCACGACCACUUAGAAACUGUGUAUGUUGCGCCGGAUAUCCGUGGUAAGGUCAGAGAAGUGUGGCGCGCACUCACGCGGCCAUCGGCGUUCAUGACGAUCCGAAUGUUUGGGCGGGAGCCGGAAGAAGCGCAGAACUUCUCGUCCUUCCUGCUCAUCAUGGACCGAGACGAGAACCAGCGAUCGAUGCUUUACAGCGUCUUUUCUCCGCUAGAAUUAUGACGGCCGGAAAUCUCCCUUGGACUUCCGUGUAAGGGGGAAAAGCAUCUUGGACCUCCGUGUAAGGGAGAAAAAGGGUCGUCCAAGAUGCUUUUCAAAAUGCGAGAUUCCAGGAAGGUCUAAUAGAACCUUUCCUCGAAAAUUUGAUCCAAAUGCUAGUUCUGUGGUACGGCGGUCGGCUGAUCAUCCGCGGGGCCGCACGCGAAGCUGCUGGGCGAGAAAGCGCGCCACCGACUUUCGCCAUCGAUGGAGUAGGUGUUAGUACCGAGCGAGAAGAAAGCGGACAACUAGGUCUGGAGCAGAUAAGCAAGUCGGAUCCUAGUGGUAAAGAGAAGCUAUUGGUUUCAUGUGAGCACCGGGUGAGACAGAGCCUCUUUGCAAAGCGUGGAACUUUGAGCCGAUUUCUACAGGGCGUAUUGAAUCUACCUGAAUACCUAGAGAGCGGCCUUACAAGGGCGUCGCGACAUCGCCGUGUGUUUCAGGAGCCGAGUAAGAGCGUUGCAUCAAUAGAAGCCCCACCACGAACGGCAGAAGAUCCAACACCUACAACUGAGAAUAACGACGCAGCAGGAGACUUUUUUACUUUACGGAGUCAAUUUUAUUCAAGAAUGAGAAUGAAAAAAGAUUUCAAGCAUCCUUAACCUUGGGAAGAUAUUUUCGAGGGAGUUUAUCGCAAUGAUGAAGUCAGAACUCUGAGAUGUCUGUUCUUCCAGUCCAAAUUGGUUGUUAAGUUUUAGUGGCCACUGCUAAUUUUGAGUGGCGGAGAAGGAGAUGAACAAGAAGGAGCGACGGAAAGUGAUGAUCUCUUUCCUGACGUGGAACAGCUCGGUUUUGGCGAUUUGUCGGCUUUUCUGAUCAUGGCAAACAAUGCAUUCGAUUCGGCUCGGUUCCUCAGGACUCGCGCAGAAGGACUAGGCGACGAAAUUUUGGACCCAGCUGAAAAAAUCAUGACUCUUUUGCAGCUCCAACCCAAGAUAGGCUUGUUCACCCGUUGUAGUCCCUGGUCAGACGAAGCAGUCGCUCCUUCUCUACGAGAGAAGUGCGAACUACGUGCUGUUGAUGACGCGGCCAGUUGUCUUCCGGUGCCUCGGGAGGAAGAAAAUGAAGCCGAUACUCUCACGCUCAGACGCGCCGGAGAAGCUUUAGAUUAAGGCACUGAGCGUAACAAAUCCAUUCUCAGCGUCGUCCCUGGCAGAUGCUUGGGAGAGGGGAGAAAAGUGCCAGGGAUGCGUCGAAGGAUGCGAUACUGGGACAUUGGAUCAUUCGGAGGUCUAAUUAUCAAGUAGGACCGCGUUAGCGACGCUCAUGUUCGGGGACGAAACCGCGAAAACCGAUACUCAAAUGGCGAUGCUUCGCGAAGUGAUCCCGCCACCAGUUGCGCGCCUCCACACGCUCGCCUUCGAGCACGUGUCUUUUCGGUAUCCUUCCCGACCGUCAGUGGCCGUUUUGAACGACGUCUCGUUCCACAUUCGUGCUGGUGAUCAUUUGGGCAUACUCGGACAAACUGGAUCCGGAAAGAGCUCCAUUUAUGGGGGAUGCUGAAUUUAAUGAUACAUGGGAGACUAUAUGAAAGUAAGUUUAAGUAAGUAGACCUUUUCACGUUGAUUUUAGUUUAUGCAGGAGCUAUAACCGAUUGAAAUCUCCUCGAUUAUAUAUACGUCAAUACAAGCAUCUGCAUCUUCAUGCUGCACCACUUUCGUUGUAUUAGUAUACUACUUACUUUUUAAUAGAUCAUCGUCGAGCAAAUGCCUUACAUAGUAUAUCUAGUUCUACCUCCUGUUUCAGUAGCACUCAACUGGUAGUUCUACUUCUAGGACAUUGUCCUUUUAGUCAUCUAAUUUCGUUUCCUGUUGAUGCUGCGUGUCUAUGACGUUGAUUCUGGACGCAUUCUUUUAAAUGGUCGAGAUCUCAGGGAUUAUGAGCCACUGUGGCUUCGGCGCAAGUUUUUCUCGAUUGUGACGCAAGAUAUCGUUUUGCUGGAGCGCUCGAUCAAAGACAACAUCAUGUAUGGUGCCAGACCCGGGCAGCUCACCGGGAAAGACGGUAUGAACAGAUCAUAAAGUAGAAGUUGCUGGGCUUCCAGCAUUGAGGUAGUUUCUAAGCCUAUCCACCUCUUUUUCGACGUCUAGAUCUUGCACAUGUGAGGUCGAGACAAAUAUGACUUAGUACAAAAACAUGUGUUUGUUUUGUAGCGAGAUUGUAACGCAGUGGCAGUGCAGAAGUUCAAACCAGAUACAGAUCAUCUUUCCUGUUACUACUUCGUGUGAUCUACAUCUACCAACACCAAGUUCUAAUCUAGCAGAGGACGACUACUUUCCAAGCGAAGAAGGGAGUGCUGAUUACGAAAAACAUCUCUCGGAUGUGAUGGAUAUUGCACAGUGCCGGGAAACCUUUUUCGACCAAGAGAAGUUUCCGCAGGGUUGGUACACAGCUGUCGGCGAAUAUGGCUGCAAGCUCAGUGGAGGCCAGAAGCAAAGGGUGCUUAUUCAUUUAUGCACCCAUGUAUGACUCUUCUCAUGCCUGGUACUUCUGUCAUCGAGCACCGAGUUUCUUAGCAUCUUCCUGCUCUCGGACUGCAUGGGCUGUAGGUCUUUUUUUCGUCCUGUUUUGUUCUGGUUCUGUUGUUUUGGUGUGUUUGUUCGUCGUGGCCUCUGGCCGUCUCAUCUCUUCAAUCAAAACACUGGGAUAGGAAAGGGUUGAUGGGAUCGAGUUAGUAUUUUUGAAAGCUUCAUCUGGAUAAGAUGGUAGUAGUAGCUGCGUCUGCGGCAUUUGUCUUUAUAUAUUUAUACCCUUACAAGAAUUUCAAUUUGUGGGAUUUUAUGUGGUGAAGAAGCUUAAAAAUGUGGAUAUGUUGUCUAGACUCGUUCCUUGUACUGACUUGUAAUAUCGCGUGCAACGAAGCUGAGGUUCAUGUCGGCGUCAUCAUGGGCCACUAGUUUUAGUAAGUUUACGCGAAGAUUGUAAUUGAACGAUGAAGUACAACAACCACAGUAAUGUAUCGUAACCUUGUCAUGAUUUUUUUUGUCAAACUACAACAGAUUGGACUAGCACGGGCGUUGUGGAAGGGGUCAGAAGUGCUACUGUUGGACGAGGCAACAUCAGCGUUGGAUGAGACCACUCAGAGUGCCGUACAGCAGAAUCUGGAACGUCUGAGGUCGCAGAAUGCCCAAACGAUCAUAACAAUCGCGCAUCUUAUGGCAAAAUUUAUCAAUCUUCUUGAUAGCCUAGCUUGUUACUUAAGUACAUGAAUUUAUGAAGGAAGAGGAUAAUAACUCGUCAAUCGGGUCACGGCGGCGAUUCAUGAUUUUCAAUCAUGCUCUAGAUAGUUCUUGAGGCAAGUGGUCAGGAAGUACCAUGGGGACGUGACAUGAGACUGCUCUAAUAUUUGGGUUUCGAAUUUCCGUUUUAGUAAUCGACUUCUCGUUCUCCGUGACGGCAAAGUGAUGGAGGAAGGAAGUCCGCAGGACCUCCUACAGAAGGACGAAGGAACCUAUGCGCAGUAUGUCAACGCCUGCCUGACUGCGACUGACCGCAACACGCUAACGCGUCCGGGCUAGUUAGCAUCAGAGGUAAUUAGGUAGUGGUUCCAGGUUCUCGCCUGGCCUAUAUCCUCCCAUAGUAUUGGUAUUCUCCUCACAAAACUACUGCAGACACAAAGUUGAUGAUUCUCAUGCAGCUCAUUGAGCGAAGAAAGACGCCAAAAAAACAAUUGAUUCCGACACUAAACGCAAACGCGCAAGUGUGCUCUAGAACUCUGGAAGAUCAAGCCUGAAGAAGCUAGCAAUAUCGGCGGAUCAACAUGUCGUUGUAGUGGGAGGCAGCGCGCAUUUUUGCGUACUACUAGAGUGGAGCCUCCUACUAUUCCCUGAUUCAUCUGUAAGACAACUCGAACAGCAUGCUCACCAUGCAAGAUCAAUGAAUUCUCGUGAACUACCAGUACAUGCUCAGCAUUUUUAAAGAUCGCAGAAAACUUAGAGAUCACCCAGUUUGUUAGAUUCUUUUCAUCGUGGUAGCUAGCGCCAGAUCUCAAGACCGCGUCCCGCGUUAGUAGGUGAAUUUUCAGAGAGAUCCAAAUCAUGCAUGACAGUCAGCGCACCCGCGGCAAGAUCCAG